UGUUCUCCGAUGUUUUUGCUCGUCUGUCUCGCUCGGCGCUUCUGGACUCCUGUUGAAGAUCUGGCCAUCUGAAAAGACACCACGAAAUGGACGAGUUGAUACUGUUGGUUACAGUCUUCUGUGCGCUCUGGGGUCCCUCCGCUACUUUAGAUGAGAAAGAAAUUUGCUAUGGCAGGGAACUUAAAUUUUCCUCGGACAUUCAACAAAAGAUUAAAGAAGGGCCGCUGUAUUUCACGCCAAGCGAUGGAGGCGGGAGGAAAAUACUGAUGGAGAAUGGGAAGGCAAAGGACCCACGACUGAAAAUUGGCAGGUUUUCUACCACCUUGACAGAUUUAACCAAAAAAGAUGAAGGAUUUUAUGCAGUGACACAUGACAAUACGAUUAUUGAUGUGGUGCAAUUGAAAAUAAAAGAUUGUGCUGAAGAGAUUAUCAAGAAUUACAUGGAUGAAUGGUCUUAUCAACUAACUCUGACAACUCACUAUGUGGAAUACACUUCACCUGACAAUGAAGAUAAGAGAUUAAUCCUGUGGAAUUUAACCAAUCCUCUGAGUAAGCCAAAAAAAGGAGACAUCAAGAACAAUUACUGGGAAAUCUCUGGUGUCACUCAGGCAGACAACGGCUACUACAACUUCAGAAAAAAAGAAGGCACUCUUCAUUCAAGGGUACUUCUCACCGUAAAAGAGAACACUCAUGCCUAUGACUCAAAAGUGGACGAGAAUCUUCUUAUUAGAAAUCCAUGGAAAGGAGGACCCUGGACUGUGACGUUUAAAGAAGAUGAAGAACAUAAAGAAGCUAAAGAAGCUCAACAAGUAACAAUAAUAAAAAAUGGCAAUUUGGUCUGGGAUGCUAACAGGUUCUCUGAGAGAAUUAUUAUUCAAAGUGUUGGCUUUAAAAUUAGCCCUGUAGAAGCUUCGGAUUCUGGUACUUAUGAGUUCCGAGACCCACAAGGCAACCUGGCGUUAUCUGCUCAUGUGGACGUUGAGCAUGUCUCACAUCACAAGGUCACAUAUAUUGUUGUUGCUGUUGUUGCUGUUGUUUUGGGGCUGUGUUGCUGUUUCUGUUGCAAAAGGAAAUGUUGCUGUAAAAAGAACAAAUCUGCAGCUGCAGAAGGAUCUGCUGUUACUUAUCAUGACAAGUCUGAUUCAGCUACUCCACCACCUACAGUGUAUUAUCAUGGUACAAGUCAGCCAACAGGACCAAGUUACCCAAUUCAAACACCUUCAAGUUACACUCCUCAUCCAGCACACCCUCCAGCCUACACAGGAACUGUAGCUGUUUCCAUUGAACAACCGCCUUCACAGCCUAACACCGCUGUGUACCCUCCACAACCUGCCAGUAUCUAUCCUCCACAACCUGCCAGUGUCUAUCCUCCACAACCUGCCAGUGUCUAUCCUCCACAACCUGCCAGUGUCUAUCCUCCACAACCUGCCAGUGUCUAUCCUCCACAACCUGCCAGUGUCUAUCCUCCACAACCUGCCAGUGUCUAUCCUCCACAACCUGCCAGUGUCUAUCCUCCACAACCUGCCAGUGUAAACCCACCACAGCCUGAACCUAGUCUAUAUUCUCCCCUUUCUGAGUUUGGACCUCCAGCGUCUCAGGGACCUGCAGGAGCUCCUACGUUCAGCUCCGACGUGAUCUCCCCUGACGCUGAGCCCAGAUUCCAGCUGAAAGGACUGGCUUUUCCCUCAGCUCCCCCUCUCAGUUCAGACGCUCCAACCUGUAAUGUCUACACGUCGGACAAGCUGAACUUUUCGUGAACACUUUUCUGAACACCGUGUUGACGGAGCUGUUUCAGCCUUUACUAGACUUUUCUGCUUAAGUUCUCCAGAGGCCUUCUAAGUAUCCUGGGACCACGCUGCCUAGAAUGAAAAGACAUAAAUCACAUAUAUUCAUGUAUAUGCAAAGGCGGACUGGGACAAUAAUCCACCCCGGGAAUUUGGUGCAAUCGUUUAAGAUGUUUAAGAUGGGUUAAGGAGCUACAUUGUUUCAAGUAGUUAAAUAAAAUUAAGCAGAGAAAGAUAGCAGCUAAAAAACAAUGAGAAUAUUUCUCCAAGUUUAGUAGUUUUACCAUCUACCCUAUACAAUUUUAAAAUUGCAUGCUACAGCUGCAACAGAUGGCGCCACCAAGACUGCAUCAAGAACCCACUAGAAAUUUAUUUUGUUGUGCAUUUAGUUUUUGCAUUUGAAAGGUAAAAGUUAACAGGGUGAAGGUGUUCCAAUCAAAGUGUAGUCAGAUUUUAGUAAAAUGAUUUGUGCUUUCUUUUUGUAUGUUGUUACGUGAUGAAUGUAUGAGAUCACAUAAUCCACUGAAGCAGGAUGGAGAAGAUAAAUAUCGGCAUCAUCCAUUUCUCUCUCUUGUCAGAAAAUGCAUGUCGCGCAAUCUCACAUUUUGAUGUCACUCACAGAUGUUUACAUGUUAUUUUACAUGGCAUAUCAUAUUUUGCAGAAUAACACGGGUCUGCUGGUGCGACCGUCUUACUUGUGACAUUUAUUUUAGGGUUAAAGGAGAUGGGACUCUAUAAAUAGUCAAUUUAGAGUUUUUGAAGUGGAUUGCAUACACAAGCACAACCGGGGUGGCGUUAUUUUUGUUCCCUAUUGAGAAUUAAUUUCAUGUCAAAGGGAAAAAAAGGCAACCAGAAAAUGUUUUGGUGCACCCGAUGGACAGUCCGCCCCUGAAGCGUGCACUGACACCAGACUCUGUUUACAUAUUGUUAUUUUUAGUAGAAAUCUCACAAGGCAAGUCCAGAGAAUUAAAAAAAAAACAAUGUAAUCAACUUUAUAUCAUCUGUAAAGUGUUUCAAGUGCAAAUCUGAUUCACUGCGAACACAAUGAAUCACUACAAUUAGGGUAGCCAGUAGAUGCAGCAUCAGUUUGUGUGCUGGAAAAACACAAUCAGAGAAAAUGUCAAACAUGGAGCUUUUUACCUUAGAUUAGAAAAAAAUUGCUAGCAUUGGGUAUGAUCUUUAAAGACAAGAACAGGACUUUCAGAAAAAAAAGGUUGUAAAUCGCUAAUAUAAUUGAUGCAUGAGCUAUGAAAUAGUUUAGAUAUUUAUAUAUAUAUAUAUAUAUAUAUGUGCACUGAUAAAUGUAAUGAAAUUGCAUUGAAUUUUUACUUUUAAAUUGUAUUUUCUCAGGUAAAAAAAAACAAAAACAUUAUCUUUAAACUGCCAUAUUAACAGUUACAUAAAUGCAUCUCAAAGACUAUUUAAAAGAAAACAUUAUAUCACAAAUGCUCCUAAAGGAGGGGAGAUGCUGAUUUUUACUCUUGUUACAGAUUUUCUAUUUGUUUUUGGGUCUUUUUGUUUUUUUUUUUUUUGCUGCAGACACCACUUUCUCUGAGACUUUUUGAUGUUAGGAUUAAUUGGCGCUGUUUAUUUUUCUUACCAUACUCUGUUUUCUUGUACAACACCAACCCAAUUCAUGUCUGUACAUUAUUGUUCUUUGAAACUUGUUGCUACGUUAAAUGACUUCAUUUUCACUUUCAACAAAGUGAAAAUCACCAUUAAAGAUUUUAGAGUUUGUGUGAAUAUAGAAAUGUAUCUACUUACAAAAUGAUUAUGAAAUUAUUGAGUGGUUCAACUUAAAAACUUAAGUGAUUCAAUUGCUGCCUUAAAAAAAAGUAUUGGAAUUUAGGAAAGAAAGUUUCCUAAGUUCUGACUGAAAUACAAACACAUCAAUGAUUGAUUUAUUGCGAUAUUAGAGACACUUUAUUGCCUAUUGGAAUAGUCCCUCCCUGUUAUUGUCCUUAAACGUUUAGCCAAAUAAAAGCACCACAUUUAAUAAUUUUUAUAAGAAAGAAUCCAAAACUUUCUGUUCAAUUUGUAGAUUGUAUGUCUAUGUAGAUUUGUAAACGUUUCAAUUUGAUCCAACACAUAUUUAUCUAACUUAAUUAAACCAAAUAAAAAAAAAAGGUAAAUCUACAGAAGGAUGAACUCUGCUGCUAAGAUGUGAGUGUAACACAGCUGUGAUUACAUUGUUAUUACUAUUUAAAUAAACAUUAUUAAAUGCAA